GAGAGAGAGAGAGAGAGAGAGAGUCACGUGGUUUGACACAUGUGUGAUGGAUGCGGAUAAGUAUGGAAGUAAAAGAUCUUUCAACGUGGUGCACCCGUGUAAAGAUAUUUUUAUCUGCUCCAAAAGCUCCGACAGCAUGAAGGAGGAUUACUCGGUGCUUUCGCCGAAAUUUAGCAAGGGACCGAAGGGACUAGGAGAUCCUAACGACAAAAGUUUAAGGAAGGUAGAGAAAGAUGUGUUGGUACCCAAGUUGAUACGAGAGAGAACCAAAUCCGAAAAGUGUGUCAACGAGGUCAAAGAAUUUCACGAUUGCUGUCUCAAUUCUGGUUUAUUGCAUGUCGUAAAAUGUAGGAAAGAAAAUGAUAAGAUGAAGGCCUGCAUGGAAAAGUGGUUCUACAAUCAAGACUUUAUUAAAGAAUGCACAGAGCAGUACCUGAUGGAAAGAAGUGAAUUUAGAAAGACUGGUAUUCCCAAAAAGCAAAAAAGCGUUAGACUGGAGAGCUCAUCAAUGUGAACAUAUAGAAAAUGAAUUGGCAAUUGUACAGA